AUGGGGUCACAACGAGCACCGGCGUUGUCGCAGACGGCGUCUCAGAAAGGCCAGCAAUCUAUAUCGAGCUUCUUCGGCAAGACCGCACAAGCUGCGAAGCCGAAGACAAGACCACUACAACACAACGCCCCUGUCAUUCUAGCAGCACAAUCUACGAGUCUGGGUGACGCUGGGAUACUCGACGGGGAAAUUUCGAGCGGUGGCCAGGGUGCCAAUGGCCACAAAAGAAAGUCAGACUCGUUGAAGAGGACAUUAGACGUGGAAGGCAAGGAGGACGACCUGCCAGACGCGAAGAGGCUCAGAGAGACCGUUGAACCGUCGAACGGGGCCGCAGCGAGUGACAAUGCUGCUCCUCCGAUGUUCAAGCGACCGUCUCUGAUUGCCGCGUCCGGUAACAGCAACGAUGGCACACGUAAAGAAAAGACAACAGGACGGGCGUCCAAGUACCUCUUCUCUAGCUCGCCAGCAGCAGCAGCAGCACAAGAUGAGAACGUGGACGAGGAGCUCGAUGACGUGGAGACGCGUAAGCUCAAGGAGCGACUGCACCAGAAAUUUGUGAAGCGCUUAGGCAAGCCGGACAGUAUCGCAGACAUCAAGCGGCGGAAUCGUCUCAUCACGGAGGAGACUGAGGCAACGGAAGACGGGGCAGAGGACGAGGAAGCUGAAGACGAGCCAGACCCGGCACCACCUCCAAAGUCAAAAGGAAGGAAAGGUGCUGCUGCGAAGAAGAGCAGUACGAAGCUCACACCACUCGAGAAGCAGGUAUUGGGUAUCAAGCACAAGCACCCAGAUACACUGCUCGUCGUCGAAGUUGGCUACAAGUGCCGCUUCUUCGGUGAGGACGCUCGUAUUGCAGCAAAGGAGCUCAGCAUUGUCUGCAUACCUGGCAAAUACAGAUUUGACGAGCACCCGUCUGAAGCACAUAUCGAUCGUUUCGCCUCUGCCAGCAUACCAGUACAUCGAUUAAGUGUGCACGUCAAACGUCUGGUUUCUGCAGGCCAUAAAGUUGGUGUCGUGCGCCAGCUGGAGACAGCUGCGCUGAAAGCGGCAGGCACGAAUAGAAAUACUGCUUUCGAACGUGGGUUAACAAAUCUAUAUACGAAGGGUACAUAUAUCGAUGAUCAGGAGGCACUCGAUGGUGCUUCGCCUGCUCCAGAGGUACAAGGUGCUGCGCCAGCCACUGGGCACUUGCUAUGUCUCACAGAGACACGACCAAAAGGCUGGGGCUCAGACGAGAAGGUGCAAAUCGGCUUAGUAGCAGUGCAGCCCUCUACGGGCGACAUCAUAUACGAUGACUUCGAAGAUGGCUGGAUGCGCAGUGAGCUCGAGACGCGACUACUACACAUUGCACCCUGUGAAUUCCUGAUCGUUGGCGAUGUAUCGAAAGCCACCGACAAGCUUGUGCAACAUUUGUCAGGCAGCAAGACAAAUGUUUUUGGCGACAAAGCUCGUGUCGAGCGAGUUGAGAAGCCAAAGACCAUGGCCGCGGAGUCGUACAGCCACAUCACUAACUUUUAUGCUGGCAAGAUGCGAUCGGAUGCGCCAUCUUCUUCCCAAGUAGAGUCGUCACAAGAGACUGGAACCCUUCUGGAUAAGGUCCAUAAGUUGUCAGAGAAUGCUACAGUCUGCUUAUCUGCCAUGAUCACUCAUUUGACCGAGUAUGGUUUGCAGCAUGUGUUUGAUCUGACGAAGUAUUUUCAAUCUUUCAGUGCAAGGUCGCACAUGCUGCUGAAUGGCAAUACUCUGACGUCGUUGGAAAUCUACCGGAAUCAGACAGACUAUGGCGAACGUGGUAGUCUGUUCUGGACACUGGAUCGGACACAGACCAAGUUCGGACAACGACUACUGCGGAAGUGGGUUGGCAGGCCUCUUCUUGAUCGCACACGAUUGAAUGAACGUGUAGCUGCCGUAGAGGAGCUGAAGAAUAAUGCAUCCACAGCUGACGUGGAUCGGAUCAAGCAACUGCUUGGCAAGACCAGAAGUGACCUGGAACGUUCGCUCAUUCGGAUCUACUAUGGCAAGUGUACACGACCUGAGCUGCUGAGUGUCUUGCAAACCCUGCAAAUGAUAGCACAAGAGUAUGCUCACGUCAAGUCGGAAGGAGAAGCCGGCUUCACCUCACCCGUACUGCAGGACGCAAUCUCAUCCCUACCCAAGAUCGCUGAUGAUGUCGUCGAGUAUCUCGAGCGGAUCAACACACAAGCCGCCAAGGACGAUGACAAACACAGCUUCUUCCGGGAGGAGUACGAAACCGAAGAUAUCACCGACCACAAGAUGGGCAUCAUAGCCGUCGAGCACGAUCUCCAGGAGUUCAAGGCAGUGGCGGCUGAGAAGCUACGAAAGAAGAAGAUCGAAACUUAUGUCACAGUCGCCGGCAUCGACUUCCUCAUCGAGCUCGAUAAUACUCAACUCAAGAACGUACCAGCCAGCUGGGCCAAGAUCAGCGCCACGAAGAAAGUCUCACGCUUUCACGCACCAGAGGUUGUCAAGUACAUCCGAGAGCGCGACCAGCACAAGGAGGCUCUCGCAGCCGCUUGCGAUGCCGCUUUUAAAGCACUUCUUGCCGAGAUCGCAGGUAAAUAUCAAGCCUUCCGCGACUGCGUUCAGAGUCUAGCAUUGCUGGACUGCCUCCUCUCCCUCGCCGAAGUGGCCACGCAGCCAGGAUACAGCAAACCCAAAUUCACCGAGACCAUUGGUAUCGACAUUCAAGGCGGCCGACAUCCCAUGGUCGAGCAACUUCUCCUGGAUACUUUCGUGCCAAACAACAUCAGCAUAUCCGGAGACUCGACGCGCGCCCUCUUGGUCACAGGUCCGAACAUGGGUGGCAAAUCCUCCUACGUUCGCUCCGUUGCCUUGAUAUGCAUCAUGGCACAGAUCGGGUCUUACGUACCGGCCGACAGCGCGAAGCUAGGUUUACUCGAUGCCGUCUUCACGCGCAUGGGUGCGUUCGACAAUAUGAUGAAAGGCGAGAGUACAUUCAUGGUCGAAUUGAGUGAGACGAGUGACAUUCUCAAACAAGCCUCGCCUCGCUCGCUCGUGAUCCUAGAUGAGCUUGGAAGAGGCACGAGUACGCACGAUGGUGUGGCUAUCGCGCAAGCGGUCCUGCAUCAUAUGGUGUCUAGUCUGAAGAGUCUGACCUUGUUCAUUACACACUAUCAGUCUCUCGCUCGCGUAGCGGAUCAUUUCAAGGAGGGGGAGUUGAAGAACGUGCAUAUGCAGUUCACAGAGCAGGAGAAUGAGCAAGGCGGCAUGGAUGUUACCUUUCUCUACGAAGUAGGGGAGGGCGUGGCGCAUAGAAGUUAUGGAUUAAACGUUGCCAAGUUAGCUGGUCUUCCUAAAGGUGUCCUCGAGAGGGCAAGCGAGAAGAGUGGUCAGAUGGAGGAGAAGGAAGGUCGGAGGAGACUGAGCUAUUUGUCGAGAGUACUGGAUGAUGUGGUUCAAAGUGGCAGAGUGGAAGAGCUAGAACACGCUAUCGCUGGUAUCGAGCAGCUGUGA